GUCAGGCCGAUACUCGCCGGUACAGCUCGUCUCGCCAGUCUCGCCGUUCCACAUGCUCGCCUCACCUCGUGCUUCACCUGCCUCGCCCUGAAUCCCCAUCUUCCACCUUUCACCUUUCACCUUCCACCUUCCACCUUCCGUCUACCAUCCUCCAUCCUCCAUCUUCCAUCUUCCAUCUUCCAUCUUCCAUCCUCCAUCUUUACCUUUUCUCAGGUCCUACGCCUACUCACCUGGCUGUGGCGGUGACUACGACUUCUUGUGUGCGGUAA